AUGUUGGAGUAUCUUGCUCAAGGAGAAAGCAUGCGGACCAAGCAUCUAGAAUUCAGAGUUGGAAAGUCUACAGUUUGCAAAAUAGUACCAGAAGUUUGCCGUGCUAUAUGGUGUGCUCUACAACCCAUUGUGCUUCCUACACUACAUGCAGAUGACUGGAGAAAAAUAAGUGAAAAAUACAUGCUGAAGUGGCAAUUUCCGAACUGUAUAGGUGCUUUGGAUGGCAGACACAUGAAAAUCAAAAAGCCUCCAUCCUCUGGAUCACAGUAUUAUAAUUACAAGAACUUUUUCAGUAUAGUAUUACUGGCACUCUGUGAUGCAAAUCAUAAAUUUACAUGGGUAGACAUUGGACAGUUUGGUUCCAUCAGUGAUGGUGGUGUGUGGAGAAAUUCUGAAUUAGCUACAGACCUUGCCUCUGGUGACGCUGAUAUUCCACCACCAACACCUCUUCCAGGAAGACAUGUUCCCUUUCCGCAUGUAAUUGUAGCUGAUGAAGCCUUUCCGCUUAAUACGUAUCUCAUGCGUCCUUAUGCAAAACGCAAUGGACUGAUCGAUCAACAACAAGACAUUAUUAAAGCUCUUGUUUGCCUCCAUAAUUUUAUUAUGAGCUCUAAUAAUGAAUCGGCCUCGCAGUAUUGUCCUCCUGAUUGGGUCGAUGUUGAGGAUGAGAACGGACUAAUUCAUGACGGUCGAUGGAGAACUAUUGGCUCUGGUGCAUUUUUUCAAGAGUUGGGUAGGACUGGAGCCAAUCGAGGUGGUUCGAUAUCGGAAGGCGUGCGUAAUUAUUAG